GGCUGUGCUGUGUUGCGUUGUGCCAUUGUCUCCUCCGCAAUGGCGUCGUUGAAGAUGAUAGACAUUGCCGUUAACUUCACAGAUGGGAUGUUUAAGGGACUAUACCACGGCAAAAACUGUCAUGUUCCCGAUAUUGCCACCGUCUUGAACCGGGCUUGGUCUGCUGGAGUCGAUAGAAUCAUAGUGACUGGUGGGUCACUUGAAGAAUCAAGAGAAGCUCUUGCCAUUGCAGAAACUGAUGGUAGGCUGUUUUGCACUGUUGGUGUUCAUCCAACUAGAUGCAAUGAGUUUGAAGAGAGCGGCGAUCCAGAGAAGCAUUAUCAGGCUCUUUUUUCAUUAGCCAAAGAAGGAAUCCAGAAAGGGAAGGUGGUAGCAAUUGGUGAAUGUGGAUUGGAUUAUGAUAGGCUUCAAUUCUGCCCGGUUGAUAUCCAGAAGAAGUAUUUUGAGAAGCAAUUUGAACUUGCAUAUGCUACAAAGUUACCGAUGUUCCUACACAUGCGAGCAGCUGCUGAAGAUUUCUGUGAAAUUGUUGAGAGAAACAAGAACAGGUUCACUGGAGGAGUUGCUCAUUCAUUUACUGGUAGUGCUAUGGACCGCGAUAAGCUUCUCGCUUUCGAUCAAAUGUACCUUGGUGUGAACGGGUGCUCGUUAAAAACAGCUGAGAACCUUGAUGUAAUGAAAGGAAUACCAGUAGAGAGGAUGAUGAUCGAAACAGACUCUCCUUAUUGUGAGAUCAAAAACACACACGCCGGAAUGAAGUUUGUAAAAUCGACUUGGCCUUCCAAGAAGAAAGAGAAGUAUGAUCAAGAAUCCCUUGUCAAAGGCCGUAACGAGCCUUGUUUAGUUCGGCAAGUUCUUGAGGUAGUGGCUGGCUAUAAAGGACUUGGUGAUAUAAAUCAAGUUAGCUCAACCUUGUACCACAACACUUGCAGGGUCUUCUUCCCUCAGGACUUGGAUUCUGCUGCAGAUGCUAUGCUUUCCGGUCACCACGAGACUGAGUAGCGAUAAUUAUGACUAAAAUUUGCAGUUUAUUGGAAUCAAGAUAUGUUGUUACAUUACACUAUUAUGGAUUAAACGCAUUCUCAACAACAAAAUUAAAUCUCUUGUUUUCUAUCUUA